AUGGGCAAAGUAAUAUUUGAACAAGGUAAAAAUAGCAAGGCUCACAUAAUUUCAUGGAGAAAGGUUAAAGGUUAUAUUUAUCACCCAGUGGAAUAUAAUGUAAGAACUGGGUCGAGGAAAAAUGUCGAACGCGAUGCCGGGAUUCGAACCGAGGCCUUGUAGUAGUAGUUCGUGUUAGCAAGUCGCCGUAUAUUGCCGCGGAGCCCACACAGCAGACAGGAGAAUCUAGCGUAUUUCUUACAAUAACAUGACAUAACAAAGCCCUCCCUCCCCCCCUUAUAAGUGGAAAAGUAUCCAAGAAAUUUUUCCUGCGGAUAUGAUGGACGGUAGCCACUGUAUGCAUUUUAUUGAGCGUAAGAAACGAUUUUGUCGCAUGACGGUGCGAAAAGGAUGUCAAUACUGCGGCGAGCAUCAACAGGACGUCACGGGGAACGAGAGAGUGCCAUGUCCGUUGGAUCCCACACACACGUGCUACAAAUCCAAGCUGACAAAGCACUUGAGCGUGUGCAACUUCAAGCAGAGGCUGGACAUGCAGCCCGCGUUCGUUAUCGAAGGAACAAACUUGGAUAAUGAGACUAUUGCGGCGCCGCCGCGCGUGCCGCUGUCGCAGCUGGACGAAUCCGUCGUAGGAAUGGUGAUAAGGAAGAUUCAUGCUGCCUACGAUGAGCUACCAGAGUUUUCCCAGGCGAUUCUGAGACACAAUGUGCUCGAAGACAAAUUAAAUGAUGAAACCAGUGGCAGUAAAGUUAGAAAGCACUUGCUCCAAACUGCAUCUUUGCUAGGGCAUCUGGAGCAAGCUGGUCUUGUGCAAGAUGAUACUUGUUUCAUUGAAUUUGGAGCUGGAAAAGCUCGGUUAACAUAUUGGUUGGGGCAGAUUAUAAAGGACAAGUCCAACUCUUGCAUCUUAUUAGUCGAUCGUUCUAGUCAUCGGCACAAAAGCGACAAUAAGCUUAAGAAAGAGGAAAGACGCCUCACAGUGACAAGGAUACGCGCUGAUAUCGCUGAUCUGCAGCUGAAUCAAAUCUCGGAGAUCCAGCCGAUCAAGUACAAGGUCGGCAUAGCAAAGCAUCUCUGUGGAACGGCCACUGACUUGGCGAUACGUUGCUUGGUAAAGUCGAUGAACAGCGAACCUAAGAUCGAUGUAUGCGGUCUAAUCGUUGCAUUUUGUUGUCAUCAUAAAUGCGAGUACUCGUCGUACGUGGGCAGGAAGUAUUUGCAACAAUGUGGUUUUACCGUGGACGAAUUUUCUAUUCUAUGCAGCAUAGUCAGUUGGGCGACUUGUGGCUGUCGUUCAAAGAGCGACGUUAAUUCGUCAAGUGAUGCCACAUCAGAGACUGUCAACGGAUUUUCGAAAUCAGACGAACGCGAAGUUAUCGGGCGCAAAGCUAAAGCACUAUUGAAUUGGGGUCGUUUGGUCUUUUUGGAGAGCGUUGGAUUUCAGGCUGAGCUACUUUACUACACUUCCACCGACGUCUCGUUAGAAAAUAUGUGCAUUGUAGCUACUCGAGAACAUUCGUCGUAAUUGCAAUAUGUUGUUGAAUUUACUGUUAACUUGUACGUUGUCUUAAAAAUCAGUCUCAUUUUUUUAUAAUAAAUUACAUAUUUACAUAAAUUUGAAUCUUGUUCAAUGUGUCGAUAACGCGGAGGUUGGCUGUUACCGUUUGUCGAUUACCGCUGUUUUUAUUUUCCAUCUCAGUCGGUACGGUCGAUUUUCGACUUACCGACACGUUUAAUUGAAUGACGGGUUGAAGUAGUACGCAAGUCACAAAUACUCUCCCCCACUGAACGAGAUGCCCCGCCCAAUACGAGUGAUCUAACACCGUUCAAACAUUCCAGAGUACGUUCGAUGUGGAGUUGUUUCAACCACUUGCUCGUUUUCUCGUCGCCCAGCUUCCAGGGUACCCCGCUUUACCGCCAAGUGAGAUUGGUAUCGACGGCACGUAGAGAGGAGAAAAAAAAAGAAGGAACCGCCAUUGAGGCAAUAGGUGGAUCCAGCCUCUAUGGACUGUAUUACCGCAUAAAACACCGCCGCUUGAUCUCAGC